AAUAUAUUACCCUACAAAAGAGGGAAAUCGACAUCACAGCUGGUUUUUCGCUUGUCCAAAAUAUUGUCCGCCUGCAAAACACUAAUUCUGCUUUUCUUGUUCUUCUUAAUGAGUCGGACUUCUCUGGGAGAUCUUGAGCGCCGUGAGUUCGUUCCUGUGUUACAUUAAUUCGUUUUCCCAAGCUUUUCAUCAUUUUUAAUGUCACUGAUGAGGUUAUCAGGAGCGCCGGGAUCUAUCAGAAAGAAAUCUUCAACUUCAACAUCAAAACAUCAUUUAUGUGGCAGAUUACGCCUCAUCCUCAUUCUCUUUCUCAUAUGUAUUCUAUUUAUCUUUCCUCUUUAUCGCACACUAUUCCAUGGAAUAUAUCUCACAGAUCACAAUGGUCAUGAACAACAUGAUGGCUAUAAUAGAGCAUUGUCGAAUGAACUCCUAAACAGGACAAUUGAAGACCAUUAUGAUGAUCAAAGUAAAUUGGGUGAUGAAAUAGAUGACACAGACCAAUCUUACAUAAACAGCUCUAAUAGGUCUAAUGGGUUUCAGUAUCAGAAAGAAUAUGGUGAAAAGUUAGCUUCUGCGUUUCUUCAGGAGGAGAAAAGACACCCAUCCACAUGUGCUACAGUAGAAGAAAUGGGUGUUGCCUUUUCAGGCCAGGGAGAAGAAGAAGCUAGCCUCAGAGUAAGAAGAAUGAUUCACAAUUACUUUUCUGAACAUGGUGCACCAAGAGUCACAGAACUUCCUGCAAGUAAGUUUUGUAGGCAAAACUUUGUUUUUGGAAGAUCGUCAGAAGCUGGAUUUGGCAAUGAAAUGUACAAAAUAUUAACAGCAGGAGCAUUGGGCCUGCUAUUGAAUCGACCUUUAAUUCUUGGUGAAAACAGGGAUAAGCACUCAUUUGGUGGUUAUAUUACAUAUUCGAAUCAGACAUUUAGUCUAAAAGAGAUAAAGCUUCUUUGGGCAAGGAAUGACUGUGCAGGCAAGUACAAAAGGCCUCUUGUUAUGAGAAUUGAUGAUUUUGAAAUGCCAACACGCACUCAUGUGUUUUGUGAGGACUGGAGAGAUUGGAAACAACCCAUUGUUUGGUUCAAGGGUACAACAGAUACUGUCGCAAUUCAGUUUUUCUUGAAGAAUUUACAUCCUGGCAUGAGAGAUGCUGCCUCAAUGCUGCUUGGAGACCCCAGCAUGCCAAGCUCCAGACCUAAUUUAUUUGGAGAACUAAUGAAAGUCCUUAUCUCUCCUGCACAUGCUGUUGAAGAGGCUGUGAAUUGGGUUUUAAAUAGUGGUCCUGAUCCGGAUAUUACUUUACACCUUAGAAUGCGUGGUAGUAGGUCUAAAAGAGCACUAUAUGCAGCCGUCAACUGUUUUCAGAGAUCCCUUCAUGAACUUUCACUUAAGGAUGCAAAGCCUCGAGUGGUAUUGGUUACUGACACACCAUCAGUUGUAGGGCAUAUCAAAAACAGGUUGAAAGAAUAUGCUGAGGUUCUUCAUUUUGAUUACAAGUCGUAUGCAAGUAAAAAUGUCAGUAACAUUCUGAGUACAAAUUACCUUCAGCUUCCUCAAAUGAGAGCAAAGGACUGGGGUCCCAUGCCAAGAUGGGUUGCAUUUGUAGACUUUUUCCUUGCAUCUCGAGCCACACGUGCAGUUAUAUCUGGAGCUCACAGGCGAGUGGCUACUACAUAUGCUCAGCUUAUUGCUGCCAUGGCAGCAGCCAAUAAGCUUGACAUGCUCCAUACAGAUAGAACUUUGGCACAUCCGCUCAAUUUUUCUUUUUACAGCAGCUUUCAGAGUACCUUAUUGGUAGAGGGUUUGGGGAACCAGAUAGGAUGGGGGCAUGCUUGGAAUCGCUUUGGAGGACAAUUGAGCUGUCAUAACCAAACCGAUCAAUGUGCUCUCACACCAUUGCUUCCACCCGGUUUGUGGGAUGGACCAUGGCAGUCACCCAUUCGUCGUGAUAUUCACCGGCUAAAUAAUUUUGGUGUUCAUUUAACAGAGAAAGGUGAGUUUUCAGAAACUAAACUGUUAUCAUUCUGUAAAUCUAGGAAGGUUCCGGUGAACACAGUAACUCUUGAGUUGCCUGCCUGCAAGAAAUGCCAGAAAAAUUGAGAUCACAUUGUACAGGCAAAGUUCCCAUUCUUUUGGCUUCAUUACUACAGUGAGCAAUAUUUUCAACACGUGCCCAAGUUAAUACUUAAUUCAUGCCUUACAAUUGGAGGUCAAUCACAGGGAAGCUUGUGUAAUGGAGCUACAAAUGAAAAUCGUCAAUUCUUGUAUCUCUUUGUCUCUGAAGUCCUGAUUGCAUUUUUUUCCCCUUGAGAUCUCAUCCUCUCGACCAUGAUUAUAUUUUGAGAAUUUGAAGAGGUAAAUGUAAAUUUGCGUAUGAAUGAAAUAUGGAUGGACGUUCAUAUUCAA